AUGAAGACCAAUGUCGCGAUCAUCCCGGCGAUGUGGGAGUGGAAGCAGGCGGGUCGGUCGAUAAUAUGCUGUAUCAAGAGCACCGUCUUCCCCGCGGUCGUCUGGGCCAUCCUCAUCAACAGCGGCUUCAUGACCGUGCUGUCGGCCACCGGCCAGACGAUCUCCUUCGCUCUUCUCGCUGCUGGCGUCCCCUUCAAGCUCACCGGCCUCUCGACCAUCCCCGCCGUCCUCGCGAACGCCGUCGUAUGGGCACUAGGCGGCCCCGUCGCCGACAAGACCUCGCUGUACCUGGCACGGGUCCUCGGCAAGGGCCGCCGCGAGGCCGAGUACGUGCUGCCGAACCUGGUGCUGCCGGUCCUGCUUGGCAUCGCCGGGUGCCUCGUUUUCGGCCACGCCGCGCAGGCGAAGCUGCACUGGUCGAUUCUGCUGCUGGGCAACUUUUUGACGCUGUCCGGGUGCCUGACGACGGCGUCGCUGGUGAACACUUUUGUUAUUGAGAGUUAUCCGCAGAUGGCUGGUCCUGUGCUCAUCAACGUCUCCUCGCUUCGGAUUAUGCUCUCUUUCGCCACGGCCUCGCAUGCGACGGUUUGGACCCAGAAGCUGAGUCCGAUGAGGCUGAUGGGGGCCUACGCCGGCAUGCUGGGCGUCCUCUCGCUCGGCAUUCCGGGCCCAUUUGUGUAUGGCAAAAAGCUGCGUAUGUUGACGUCUGGAAGCGUGAAUAAGGUCAACCUGGGAGAUGCUGAAAGGGGCCUGGGGAGCGCGGAGUCGGGCAGGGCGGUGGGUACAGUGUAA